ACGUCUUCGUUAUCGGCCCAGGAGGACCUACCGUAAAAGAGUGGCGGCAUCUUAUCCGGUCUUCCGAUGGCCGGCCUCGUGAUUGGUUGGCGUUGGGUCACGUGGGCUCUCUGGCGCCCAUAAUAAAUUCGACUGUCGAAGACCGGGUCAGGUUAGACGGAGUCUUAGCUCCGCACGAGCUUCACAGCGAUGAGGCUACUUUUGGGAUUCGCGGCCCUUGUGGCCACAGUCGUGACCUUCACGUACGCCAACGGAUACGAGAAUGGUCGGGAGUACAUGUACGAGUACUACGGGCACCUGCACACGCACAUGCCCAAGAUGGAGCAGCAGGUGUCCGGCGUCGUCUUCAGGUGCAAGCUGCUCGUCCAGCCCAGGAAAGACUACAUGAUCAUCAAGGCAAUGGACAUGAUGUUCGACAAAGUCCACAAGGACGUCGAGGACUUCGAUGAGCACGUCUUUAACUACCGUACCAUCCAAGAACUCACCGAGUUUAUGAGCAAGCCCUUCAAGAUUCGCUACGAUCACGGCAAGAUCCGCAACAUCCAAAUCACAAGGGGUGAGCCUCUGUGGUCCAUUAACAUGAAGAAAUCCAUCGCCAGCGUGUUCAACAUGGACCUUGAAGCCAUGAACCCGAUCAUGCCCAAGGAAGAACGGUUUUACGGAGACAUGGAACGUGGAUACGGCAUGGGACACGAACUGCCAACCAACUACCGCGUUUAUGAGGACGGAAUUUAUGGAGAGUGCGAGACGAUGUACGACAUCCAGAAGACUGUCUGGCCUGAAAUGCCAUACAUGACUGUCCUCAACGUCACAAAGGUCAAGAACUACGAGCAUUGUCGUAACACUCCCCACAUUUUCUUCGGAGUCAAGCACGGCUACCAGUGCAACGACUGUCCGGGUGACAAAUCGUUUCCGGUGACGUCCAACGCGGCCUACCACUACAAUAUCAAGGGAACGAGGCACAACUUCAUCAUCGAGAAGAUGAUGGCCGACGGAGAAAUCAUGUUUACGCCGUACACGCCCAACGGAAACAUCAUCAGGAUCCUUCUCAACCGUACCAUGACCCUGAUGGAAAUCCGAGACGUCAGGAGCGACAUCACAAUGCCCGGGGACAUUAUCACAUACAACAAACUUUCCUACAUGUUUACGGACAUGAACGAAGGAGGAAGAAUGAUCGACCUCAAGCACGCUCAUCAACUCGUGGCCGCCUAUGGUCUCAGGGGCAACGUUGAUGAGGUUGGAAGGCUCUUCAGGAACAUGGUGGACUUCGACUACAAGGACAACGAGAUAAAACACGCGAUUCAAAAAGACAGCCUCCCUCUCAAGUUUCUGGAGAUCAUCUACUCGUUCGUGCUUCUGGACUACCAGCAGAUUGAUGACUUCUACCAUCGCUUCGUCGAGCCCGGAUCAGAAGAAUACAAAGAAGUCUUCGCGGACCUGCUUAGCGUCGCGGGUACAAACCCAGCCUUCAUGUACUCCAAGUACCUUAUUCAAAGCAAAAAGAUCAGCGAAGAUGAGUCGAUUGAGAUUCUCCGAAACAUGCCAUUCCACAUUCGGGAACCCUCCGAGAUCCUCUUCGACGAGUUUUACCGCCUCUGUGAAGGAAGUCACGUUAGGGACAACCACGAAAUUCACUCGGCAUGUCUUAUGGCAUUCAGCUCAAUGAUAUACCAAACCUGCGUUGUCAAGUACCACAACACCUGGAACGACGCAAAGGAGAAUGCCAUCUGCACUCCCACCAUGGCUGCGAAGUACUUCAACUACUUGGUGCCCCAGUACGAGCGCAAUCUGGAAGAAAAGGAGAGGAUCAUGUACAUCAAAGUCGCAGGCAACUUCGGUCUCAAGGAAGCACUUCCUUUCCUGGAGAAAUAUGCGGAAGACAAAAUGGACCAAUUUCCAGUUCACAUCCGGAUGAUCUCUAUCUGGGUGCUCGAAAAAGCGGCUUUUUAUAAUCCAGAGAAGGUCCGAGACAUCGUGCUGCCCAUCUACAGGAACUGGACCGAGUCUCAUGAGAUUCGGUUGGCCGCAUUCACAAUCCUCAUGAGAACCUUCCCAGACAUGGCCCUGCUGAAGUCCAUCGCCGCCGAGCUCGUAACUACUGAGCCUAACACGCAGGUCAUCAGCUACGUCUGGUCGACGUUCAAGCACAUGGCUGAACUGGACUAUCCCUGCUACUUCGAAAUUGCUCGGCACCUUGAAUACGUUAUGCCUAUCAUCGAGGGUCACGAGAGACUGAAGGACCUGGAGGAAUGGCCGUACUCCAAGAAGAUUAUCAACGGCGGAUACGAACCCGAAUUCGACUACGGAGGCUACUCAGUAUUUUCUUACAUCAUGGCCAACGACAGCUACAUGCCACGCAGCAUGUACAUCAGGAUGAACGAUUACAUGAACAACUUCAACUACGAUACGUUCUCUGCGUCGUUUGACAGCUGGGGCCUUGAGCCCAUCCUUGACAAGAUGUUUGGACCUAAGGUCAAAGGCGACAUCAGCCCAGGUCGCAGCCUUUGGAACUUCUUCGGCCGUCGUAGGUCCACCAGAGAUAUUGCCGUCCACAAGGAAGUCAAGGAGAUUGAUCAGAACCUCCACAUUGAAACAAGAAACCACCCCAAGCCAUAUGCAGCCCUCAGGGUCACGGCAUUUAACAACGAACUUAUUAACUUGAACUUUGACGAGGAGAUGUUUGAUACCAUCAUGACUAGCGACAAAGGGCCAAUGUCAAUUCUGAGGAAGAUAGUUGGAGAUAUUAAGGACUUCCAGGUCCGAAGCUUUAUGAUGGACGGAGACAUGUCGAUGUUCUUGCCCACCGAGAUCGGUCUGCCUUUCUACCUGGAACGAAAGCAACCAAUGUUCAUGUACUACAAAAACAAGGAGAUGAAGUUUGAUGUGAAGGGAAACGAAGCUGACGGUACCAUCGAUGAGUUUACCACUAAAAUCAACGGACACUUCAUGUACGACCACCACACAAUCGAAACAGCAAGCAUCCUCGUUCCCUUCGAGAAGAUCAGCGUCGGCGUUGGAUACGACAGUCGCAUAGCCAUGUCUAUUCCUGUCGAUAUCGAUGCCGGCAUGAACAUGGUGGACCGGAAAUUCAGGAUGAAGACCCACCCGCAGUCGCCCCACGAGAUUUUCCAUUACGACUUCAAGCCCUUUAGCUUCAUCGAAAGCUUCGAGAAUGCCCUUCCAGUUAUUCACGAGGAAACCAAGGUUGACAUCUUCAUGGAGGAGGACCUUCACAUGUUCGAGAGGGAGUACUUCCACGACAUGUUCGGCAUGGGCAUCAAAAUGUCGGGCCACUUCCUUGAAACUCCGGACUUCUGGGGGACCUGGAAGAAGUUCUGGUACAGCAAUGACUUCCGUCAGAAGCUCUACUACGUCACCGAAAACCCUAUGUGGCACCCGAGAAAGAUAUCCAUGAUGAUGAGUCCGGCCAAUCGAGACAUCACCAACGAGAUCGAGUUCAACAUGGGAUGGUCGUGGCUCAUGCCGGAAACAAGAGGCAACAAGAUAUACACUUCGAAGCACUCGGCCCAAAUUGGAGACGAGUCAUUCUCGAUCCGCGACGAAGCCAGAUCCUACACAAGCGUCAUCGACCUCGAAAUGAUCCUUCGUGGGCAGAGGGAAAGAAAAAUUGUUUCAGAAAUGGCGUACACGAGAACGAGGGACCUGAUGACUCAUCAUCUCAACUUCUUCUACGAUAGAACGCCGUUCACGAUGGGGGAGACAGACAACAUGAAGAUAUGUUUCCACGGCAGCAUGAAGUUCCCACCCAUCGAACACGACAAAUUUACUGAAACGGAUAUCCCGAUUGACGGAACCGUUGGCACAAACUUCCUCCUCAACUUCGGCAAGGACUGCAAGACAGACCACAAGAUCAGUAUGAAGGGAGUCUUUGAGCACACCGAGGAGCAAAAGCACAUGAUCGAAACUCGCGAAAUGGAAGAACCCAUUGGAAGGUUCAUGAAGAACCCACUCAGACCUCUGUGGAGGGAGUGCAUGAGGCACAGGCGGAACGGAAUCGGCUGGAACAUCCACUGUGACGAAUACUACUUCAUGGCCAGUCAGCUGAACCGAUUCAUCGCCGACAUCGAGUACGAAAACCUGUCAAAGGAAUUCAUGUGGUACAUGAUGAACAUGCGCCGAUACAUGCGUCACAUGUACUUCCCCUGGUUGGCCGACAUCGAAGACAUGAAUAUUAUGAACCCAGAAGGAAAGAUGCACAUAAUUGCGAAUGUGAGCACCUGGGAGCCUGUGAUGGAUGUUCGCCUCAUGUUGACCAAGGAGAACAUUCACUACAAGCAGGCGCCGGUGCCCAUGUGGUUCAUCCCUCCGAGGACGUACGCGUUCUUCGAGUACACCAACCUCGAAGAGAUCUCUUCAAUGUACAGGCACCGUGUUUGCGACGUCCAAGGUCCGUCCAUCAGGACUUUCGACGAUGUCUUCUUCAUGCUUCCCGACACCAACUGCUUCAAGGUUCUCGCUAAGGACUGCUCGCCUAACGAGCACUUCAUGAUUAUGGGAGCAACGACAAGGAAUCCCAUGUACUCAAAGGCCCUGCGGAUGUUCAUGGACACAUUCAAGAUCGAGAUGAUGCCAAUCACGGACGACGGUACCCCAAUCGUUCGCGUCAACGGAAAGAAGGUUCCGGUGACUCCCGAAGAGCCCUUCCGCCAGUUCGUCAACACUGGCGUGCGUGACAUUGAGGUCUUCAACAUCAUGAUGUACGGCUCGAAGCCCAUCUACAAAAUAAUCUCCGAUGUCUUUGGCAUACGCAUCGCAUACGACGGCAAGGGCAUCUACAUUCAGGUGGCCCCGAUGUACCGUGGCAAGGUGUGCGGUCUUUGCGGUGACUACAACCUCAACAAGUUCCGCGAGUUCAUGGGCCCCGACAUGUGCCUCCACUACAACUCUACGUCCUUCGGAAACAGUUACGUCGUACCGUCCGGAGAGUGCACCGCCCCCGAGAACAGGAGUCCCUGCACAUACCCCAUUGGCGACACUUGCACGUUGAUGCGUACCAAGACCAUGGAGGUCGGCGAGGGCAGGAACAGGCAAAUCUGCUUCUCCAUCAGACCGCUCCCUAAGUGCGCCGAAUCUUGCAUCGAGACGCGCAUGAUGACCACUGACAUGGGCUUCCAUUGCCUGCCGGCCAAGGACAGCACCACCAAGGAUCUCCUGGGGCAGGCCGCUAUCAGACCCCUCACGAUGUUCCGCCGAAAGAGGCAGGACCGGGAAAUGACCAUUCAGCACCCGGAGAGCUGCUACAGGCCAUGAGCGAGAGGCUUCCAGUGAAUUGCCCCCGACUUAUUUACCAGUCCAGUAGGAGACCAGAGUAGAAGAACGAUUCAUCGCAAGAUGCCAAAAUAGACUACAUAAUCGUAGCAGUGUUCAAGAACAAAGAGCGUCGGGGUUCAAAAACUAACGGCAUGGCAAUAUGUCUGCCUCUUUUUUGUGUCGGUCUAACCACUUUAUGCGUGUUCUCCACGUCGUGUCGUCUCUUUUUUUUUAGCAAUGUAUUGUUUCUCUUCCGACUGCGAAUGUGCCACUGCCAUUUAAACUUCAUAUUCCCGGAGAGAAAAAAAACAAAUAAAAUACUCAAGAGCUUGACUUGUCAAAAUCA